AUAUAUUAUAAUUAAGAGAGAGAGAGAGAGAGAGAGAGAGAGAAAUGGCUGACACAUCAUCCAUGUCGUUUCCCAUGGUUGGAGGAGAUGGUCCUCAUAGUUACACCCAGAAUUCCUCUUUACAGAGAAAUGCAGUUGAGAGUGCCAAGUCCUUGAUGAAUGCUGCAAUUGUUGAUAACCUGGAUGUAAACCAACUCAACCGUGUGUCAUCUUCUUCAAACUCCUUCAAAAUUGUAGAUUUGGACUGUUCUGUCGGUCCCAACACGUUCAUCGCGGUGCAGAACAUCAUCGAAUCUGUAAAACUCGUGUGCCAAUGUCAUGGUCUCGAUUCAGAAGCUCUCGAGUUUCAAGUACUCUUCAACAAUCAUGCUUCCAACGAUUUCAACACGCUUUUCAAGUGCCUGUCAAAAGGCAGCCAAUACUUUGCAGCUGGAGUACUGGGUUCUUUUCAUGGCCGGUUAUUCCCCAAGUCCUAUGUCCACCUCACGCACUCCUCUUACUCGCUCCAGUGGCUCUCCAAGGAUCUAUUACGAGGUGCUCCGAAAGAAGUUUUUGAGGCUUAUGAAGCUCAAUUUGCCAAGGACAUGGAGUCAUUUUUAAAUGCCAGAGCAUUGGAGCUUGUCCCUGGAGGUCUAAUGGCACUUGUUGUCCCCUGUCACCCUUCUGGCACACCUCCUUCUCACUUCUCUCUCAUGGUACUUAUUCAACUUCUUGAAGCCACCCUCAAUGACAUGGCCAGCAUGGGAUUGGGGGAUGAAGAUAAAGUGAACACCUUCAACCUAUACAAUCCAACUCUCCAGGAAUUGCAGACCCUGAUAGAGAGAAAUGGGUGUUUCAGCAUUGAGAAAUUGGAAGCAUUGGUUCAUGCCCCAGCAAAAGAAAUGUCUCCAGAGCAUAAAGUUCUGCACUUAAGAGCUGGCUGGGAAGGGGUAAUCAAACAGCACUUUGGAAGUGAUGAUCAGAUCAUCGACAAGCUGUUCGACACAUUCAACAAGAAAGCAGUAGAGUUGCCCAUCUUUUCGCAACGCGGUGAAUACAAGUCGCUUGAGAACAUAUUUGUCCUUCUGAAGAGCAAAGUGGCAUGAAUUUCUGAUGAUGCCUUUAGAUAAAAUAAAAAAAAAUAAAAAAAUAAAAAAAUAAAAAAAAAACAGUUUGUGUUUCUGUGGAAUUACUAGUUAUGCUUCACUUGCAUUACACAAGCAUAUCAUGCUUCUAUCGGUGGAGAAAUUAUUUUGUAGGUUUGACUAAUAACAGAUGUGGUGUGCCUUUUCAAUAAUAAGAUCCCUCUGUGUAUCA